CAGCAGACGACUCGGUCUGUAUCUCCUUGGUAGCGAGAAGCGACGCCUUCAAGGGCUCAUCGACGGUGAGCCUAUUGAGGCCCUGCCAGACACCGGUUCAGACGUCAUGGUUCUCUCCGAAGAGUAUGCUCUCUCUCGCAGGUUCUCGGUCGACAGAGCCCUCGAGCAUCAAGUUGACCUUGAGCUAGCUGAUGGCUCUGAAGUCUCUACGUGCGGCCUAGUUCGUGGGGUAGACUGAAUGUUCGCUGCGUCGCGACGAAGGGUCAAGUGCGACUUCUACGUCCUCAAAGACUUGUGUACGGAUGUUGUUCUCAGCAACGACUUUUUAUUCGGAUAUGACGUGUUUUCCACGCAAUUCGACUCACUGUCGGAGCCAUCGUACAGCGAAGAGGAUCCGGAGCUGCUACUUAUCAGCCUGAAAAGGAACGGCCGGUCCGAAUUGAUGCAGCCGGAGAAUCCUUCCAACAUUGAUUACACCUCUGCGAAUGCCUUUAGUCGCCAGCGAGUACUAGCUGAGCUCGAUCGCCGUGAUAAAAUCGACGAGCGAAUCACCGCGCGAGGUCCCGACGAGCAAGAAGCUGAGCGGAGAGUCGAACUUGAGAGACGACGGCUAUGGGAAGAGCUUCGGCAGAGGCAUCGAUAACUCCAGGCCACUGCUCGUCUGAAUGAUGAUACUUUUCCCACGCCUACGCCGGCUCCAAACAUACACACGGCGACGGAGGCAAAGGUUAAGGGGCGUUUGGGAUUCGCAUACUUUUUUGCAAGGCUGCGAGUCAAGGCUGUCAGGAGCUAGAAGAUGAAGUGUUUUUACUCUUUGCAGGUCUUGGACCUAGGCUUUUUGAAGCAUGGCGUCUCAGGAUGUCCAGCAUUCACGUGCUGGGCGAGGCUUGGUAGUACUGCUCCAGCUCAGUGAACAGAGGCAUCGACCACGCAAGGAUCAUGAUAAGAGCAGGCGGAACACUGCAAGAAGGGAGCAGGGGUCCAUAGGGAGAUAUACUACAAUCUGGUGGCUUCAAUUCUAGGUGAAUUUUACGGGUUAACGGCUUAGUGGCAUACGUUUCGAUUACUGACGUACAAAGUCACACUGGAGGGAUAGAGUUCGC